UCAUAGCGGGACAAUGACUACACACGGCAGAACCACUGGCUGGCCCAAAGGAGCAAAUCCAGUGUCGUAUGCAGCAAAAUAUGGCAUUACGAACCCUUCUCCAACUUUAGAUCGCCCAAUCCAUCUAUAUCCAUUGACAAACUACACAUUUGGAACCAAAGAGCCAUUAUAUGAGAAGGACAGCUCAGUGCCAGCUAGAUUCCAACGAAUGAGAGAUGAAUUUGAGAAGAUUGGAAUGAGACGAUCCGUGGAGGGAGUCCUGAUUGUCCAUGAACAUGGUUUACCUCAUGUCCUACUUCUACAGCUGGGAACAACAUUUUUCAAAUUACCUGGUGGAGAAUUAAAUUCAGGAGAAGAUCAGGUUGAAGGAUUGAAGAGAUUACUUACAGAGACACUAGGAAGACAAGAUGGAGGAACAAUGGAAUGGGUGGUGGAGGAUACAAUAGGGAACUGGUGGAGGCCAAACUUUGAACCCCCACAGUAUCCAUACAUACCAGCACACAUAACCAAACCAAAGGAACACAAAAGACUUUUUCUUGUGCAACUCCCAGAAAAAGCAUUAUUUGCAGUCCCAAGAAAUUACAAACUGGUGGCCGCUCCCUUAUUUGAACUCUAUGAUAACAGUGCAGGAUAUGGACCAAUCAUCUCAAGUUUACCACAAGCACUAAGCCGGUUCAACUUCAUCUACAACUGAAAUCUGAACCAGUUUGGAAGGAACUUUUUGGCAGGAAGAUCAUGUGUUCUGUCAUGUGACUGUGUGGACUCAGUGUUAUAGAACAUUUCAGUUUCAGUGUUAAAUCAAUCAUGUAUUUCAUCAUCUUCUAAACAAUAUGUUGUCAAGUUUCAGAACUGAUUUUCAUGUAUGUUUGAUAUGUUCAUCACUGAUUUUGAAAUUCAUUAAAGAAAACAAUUUGUGUUAUUUGCUUUAUUUCAGUUGAUGGAUAUGCCCUCAACGAAAGAAGAUUGUAUCACAUCAUAUAUGCAUAUUUAAUUUUAAUGGCAGCUAUGUACAUUAAAGUAUAGGGGAGACCUGCAGUAAUCAAGCAGUAUGUGAGACAUGCACAAAUCUGUUAGAAUGCAAGCAUCUGUAAAGUUUUUCGUGAUUUCAUACUUGUUAUGAUUGAAGAUUUUAAUGUGAUGUGGUCCAUAACUUUUGUAUUUUUUUACAAUAAGAUUUAAGUAUUAAAAGAAAUAUGGUUGAUUAAUGUUGAAAAAGUGAUCUUCUCUUCCAAAAAAAAUUUGACAUUUACUUUGAAGUAUUAUGCAUUACAGAACUGUUGAUUAAUGUUGAAAAGUGAUCUUCUCUUCCCCAAAAAAUUGACAUUUACUUUGAAAUAUCAUGCAUUACAGAACUGUUGGUAAAUGGACAUUUGAAGAAUUAAUUUACUGACUUUGAAUGGUCAAUAAAUGGGUGAAACUUCAUGCUAAGUGACCACAAUUUUGUGUAGCAUGUCAACUUAAUUUUUAUUCAUAGACAAAUACCUGUAUUUAUUUUUGUAGUGUGCUGCCCUGUGUACUCUGUACUUUUCUUUAUAGCUUGAGCUAAUCACAAAACUGCAUUUUAUUCCCAUAAUUUUACUUUUUCGCACAAGGUCUGAUGUUAAAAUUUUUGCAAUUUAAAUAUCAGACAAAACUGGCCAGUAAGAAGAGGGGAAAAUGUGAGCCAAAGAUUUCUAUCUUUUGAAAUCUAUGCAAAGUUUUGGACCGUAUCACAUAAAUUAUGCCAGUUCUAGCAUGUUGAACAUUUGCCUAACAUUGCAGUGUUGAUUCAUAGAUGUGAUAAUAUAUAUGCUGGUGCCUAUACCUUGCAAAUGUAGCUCAUAUUGAGCAGAAAAUAGAUUGUUUUUAUCCUUUGA